AUGGGACACGACGAUGUGGAUAAUUCGGUGAUGGCAGCGAACCGCCGGGCUCGCAAGGACGGUGGAAUCUGGAUCCCCCACAACCUUCUCUGUGCUUUUUCGGGAAGCAGAUCCAGCAAGGAGGAGCUGUCGCCGGGCUGGGUGGAGACGGCGGGCGCCGAGGGAUCAAUUGCGGAGGGGAGCAGCAUGGUGGAUGCGGUGGAUUCGAGCAUGCCUGGCCUGUACGGAGUAGAUUCUAUCCUUGUGCCGGGCAACAUGACUCUAUACCACUGCCUACCGCGUACACCCCAGCGCUUUGGACACGAGAUCGUCAUUCUGUACCCAACGACCCCUUCUGCAUUUUGA